GUCUGGGCUGCGCCGGGGCCGCCCCUGCGCUGCGAGCGGCCGCGUAAACAUGGAGCUCUCGGCCGUCGGGGAGCGCGUCUUCGCGGCCGAGGCCCUGCUCAAGCGCCGCAUCCGCAAAGGCCGCAUGGAAUAUCUGGUCAAAUGGAAGGGCUGGUCGCAGAAGUACAGCACUUGGGAACCCGAGGAGAACAUCCUGGAUGCCCGGCUGCUCGCAGCCUUCGAGGAGAGCUUUGGUUCUUUUAACACCUCUAGGGAGCGAGAAAUGGAGCUUUACGGGCCCAAAAAGCGAGGCCCCAAGCCCAAAACCUUCCUGCUAAAGGCCCAGGCAAAAGCCAAAGCCAAAACCUAUGAGUUCCGCAGCGACUCUUCCAGGGGCAUCCGGGUGCCGUAUCCCGGCAGGUCCCCCCAGGAGCUGGGCUCCACGUCCCGGGCUAGGGAAGGACUGAGAAACAUAGCCCUGGCCCCCCAGGGCAGCUCCAGCAGCAGCACCCCCAAGGCAGACGGCAUCCGGGAGCGGGUGAUCCGCGUGGAGGACAAGCCCGGGGAGACCCCCAAAAAGAGAGGCCCGAAGCCCAGGAAGGAGCUGUACAAGGACCUUGCGGAGACUCUGGACGCCUCCAAGAGGAAACUGGGGGAGCCGGGGGACAAGGUGGGGGACUACCUGAAGGCCAGGAAGAUGGAGGAGGCGGCGGCGGCGGGGGCGGCCAAGUUCGGCUCGGGACACAGCGUGAUCCAGCUGGCCCGGCGGCAGGAGCCCGAGCUGCCCGGCGCCCUGGCCGGGCCCCCCCGCGCCGAGCCGGGCCCCGAGGCCUUCCCCCCGCGCCUGGCCAAGCACCGCGCGGACUUUCUGGACGCCAAGGGGCAGGGGGGGCUGGACCCCGGCGGGCCCAAGCUGCUGCACGGCGCCGUGGGCCCGGGGAGCGUGGGCGGCCUGUACCGCGACGGCGUGGGGGGCCCGGCCGGGCGGCCCUCGCUCAUCGCCAGGAUCCCCGUCGCCAGGAUCCUGGGGGACCCCGAGGAGGAGUCCUGGAGCCCCUCUCUCAACAACCUGGAGAAGGUGGUGGUAACUGACGUGACCUCUAACUUUUUGACCGUCACCAUCAAGGAGAGCAGCACGGACCAAGGAUUCUUUAAGGAGAAGCGAUGAGUUUGGUGGAGGUGGUGCUGGGGUUUUCUUCAGUCAGAUCCAGACAAAAGCUUGGUAGAGCUUGGUGGGCCUCUCUUUUUUUCUUUUUUUUUUUUUUUAUGCUCCUUUUUUUUUUCUUUUAAAUUUUUUUUCUUUUGUUUUUGGUCCUGGAGAGAAUUUAGAAACUGUCCUAAAUUCAUUAACUCGUUCUUUUGUUUUGUUUUUUUUUUCAUGUCUUACAUUUCGUUGGAAAGAUUAUCUCUAGAGUUAUAUUUUCUAUUAGAUGUAAAUAUGUUAUUUAAGAAAAAAUGCUUAUAUAUAUAUAUCUAUAUAUAUAUAUUUCAACUCUGAGUUGUUUUAUUUAAAUGGAGACAACAGUGACUGCUCAGUUGCUCCUAGAAAGGACAAUAAAACUGAGAACUAACGAGUUCACGCAUCUGCCGCAGGAGCCGGUGUACAUAACAGUGUUCAUAGCUAAGUAUGUGCUGGGUUUUUUUAACUAUUAUUUUUCAUAUGAUGCUAUGGAUGGUGGAGGGGGACGUGUUGCUCCCUUGCAGGGCCGAGUGCCCGGAUUUCUUGAUUGUGAUUUAAGGUGUUGCUUGUACAAUCAAGUGUGCUGUGUCCAGGACUGUUGCCCUUGACAGUUGACGUGAGCACUUGAAUUCACAGUGUUGUUGGGGAUGGGGUGUUUCCAGUCUAACAAAAAAAGUCAUGUUGCUACAAAGUCGGGGCGGGGAAAAGCAGAAAUCCAUAAAAAGGCUAAAAGUGUUGGAGUAUUAACUUGAAUUCCCUUUUCUUGUGGAGGAGAGGAGUUUGUGUAUGUAAGGUUCCUGAGGGGUGAUACUGAAAUGCACUUUAAUAGAGUUGUCGUAGCAGUUAUGGGAGAUGGGACUGAGCUGAGUAUAUCUGUUUUCAUUUUGUCUGGUUGCUUGAUUCUGUUCCCCCACCCACUAAAAACAAAAAACCCCAACAAAACCCCCCUCUGUUUACAUUCCUGAAAUGCCAGAGAGGUUGGGGAGGGAACAUCUCACUGCCCAUAUUUAGUUACUUUAUUCUGCUACAGAAAGUGGAUUAUUAUUAUUAUUAUUUUUAUUCCCAAUCACAGUUUACUUCAGACUGUUGGAGGACUCCUGAUAAAGUGUUUUGUAAUAUCCACAUCCCUGACGAAUCCCAGGGUCACCUUUAUGCAUUCAGAGACAAUAAAUAUGUCCCUUUCCUCGCGGUGGUUAAACAAUAGCCAAGAGGCGAAGUAUUCCUGUGCGGGGCAGCCCUGCUGCCUCGGGUGGAUUUGGUGCUGGAUUUGCCUGUGGGAUUCCCCCAGGGCAGGGAUCCGGAGCUGGGAUCCAGAGCUGGGAUCCAUCCCAGGGCUGGGAUUUGGAGCUGGGAUCCGUCCCAGGGCUGGGAUCCGGAGCUGGGAUCCGUCCCAGGGCUGGGAUUUGGAGCUGGGAUCCCUCCCUGGCUGGGGUAGGGAGGCUCUGGGGGCUCUGGACGAGCUGCAGCAGUUUGGCCACUGUUUAGGGGGCUGGAGGUGUCCCUGCUCUGCUGCUCCCCCAGCUCGGCCACCCUGGCACGGGGAGGGAGCCGGGCCUGGCUGAGGCUGGCUGAGGUGGGGCAGGUGGCCCUGUUCUCCUCACACCUUGCUCUGGCUGUCAGUGGGAUGGGGAGCACGGGCCCAGCAGUGCCUGAGGGCUGGGACUGAGCCAGGGCCCCUCAUCCCUGAGCUCCUGAAGGCCCAGGGAGCAUCCACGGGCUGAAGGAAGGGCUGGGCAAGGGCCGUCUCUGCUGUAGGGCCCUUCGGCAACUUCACCUUGCCCGGUUCCAUCCCCAUCCUUUUGGGAGCUGUGAGGUGCCUGGCAGGAUGCUGGAUUGGCUGUGCAAAGGGAGCCAUUGUGUCUGACAGUUCCCAGUUUGGUUUUCCUUUCUUCUUUUUCAUUUUUAUUUUUUUUUUUUUAAAGACAUAUUUUGUAAAAUUGAGGUUUUUAACUUGGUUCGUACGAAGAGCCGAUGCGUUGGUUCUGGUGCCGGCGCGGUGUCGCUGGAGGAUGAGGGAGGAGGGGGCUGAGCUGUUUGUGCUGCCGCUGCCGCCGGGGCCGGAGCAUCGCUCCCUUUGCAGAGAGCCCGGAGCCGCUGCCGCCCCGCUGGGAGCUCCAGCGCCGUGUCCGUGUGUCCGGCACACCUGGAGCGAGCCGUACCUGUGCGUGUAUCCGUGUGUCUGUACAUAGCCGUGUACCCUGCGUGUGUGUGUGUGCGGGCGCGUGCGUGUGAAUUAUUUAAAUCUAAGACUUGUACAAAAAACCGAUUUGGCUAAAUCUCAGUCUCAGAAGUGAAGCUUAACUACGUGUCUUCUGCCAGCCGUGAAUGUCCAUAUGAGACCUGCUUUUUA